AAGUUUCCAAGUGGUCAACUUGACGGCUGCCUGGCAGCGAGAAGGGCAGAAAGGCUAGCGCUGGUGGGUGGAUGGAGGCAGAGACCUAAGUCCUUUUCUUCCGGGGUGUGAGUGUGGGUGGAGGGUGAGGGUCCAGAGAGGCAAGAAGGACGGUCAAAGAAAAGUAAACUGCUUCUCCGUCAGAGUCCGCCUCCUGCCUUCUGAUCCAGCGCGCUUUCCUAGCGGAAAGAAGGCUGGGCUGAGGGCGCGCGACGCCUGAGCGCUCCGCGUCUCCAGGUGGGUAGCUCCUGCACAGGAGGAAGGGGAAGUUACCUUCCCCUCGGAAGAGGGCGCUGGCUCCCCCAGCCAGACUUUAUAAUAAGGCCGAGGGAGGAGAGGAAGCCGCCAGCUGCGGUCUGCGCUCUGCAAAGCAUGCAGUUAGGGGAGCAGCUCUUGGUGAGCUCUGUGAACCUGCCUGGCGCGCACUUCUACCCUCUGGAGAGUGCGCGAGGCGGCGGCGGUGGGAGCGCCGGCCACCUCCCAGGCGCAGCCCCGUCACCGCAGAGGUUGGACUUAGACAAAGGGCCCAAGAAGUUCUCGGGCAGUCUCUCGUGCGAGACAGGGAGCGGGGAAUCCUCAGCCGCCAGCGCGGGGGCCCCCGCGGCCAUGCUCAGUGACGCGGACGCCGGGGACACCUUUGCCAACGCCGCAGCAGUGGCCAAGCCCGGGCCCCCGGACGGCCGCAAGGGCUCCCCCUGCGGGGAGGAGGAGCUGCCCUCAGCCGCCGCUGCCGCUGCGGCCGCCGCCGCCGCUGCCACCGCGCGCUACUCCAUGGACAGUCUGAGUUCGGAGCGCUACUACCUCCAGUCCCCCGGGCCUCAGGCCUCCGAACUGGCCGCGCCUUGCUCGCUCUUCCCGUACCAGGCGGCAGCCGGGGCGCCCCACGGAUCUGUGUACCCGACUCCGAACGGGGCGCGCUACCCCUACGGCUCCAUGCUGCCCCCCGGCGGCUUCCCUGCGGCUGUGUGCCCACCAGGGAGGGCACAGUUUGGCCCCGGAACCGGCGCGAGUGGUGGUGCGGGUGGCAGCGGCGCCGGGGGAGGCGGCCCGGGCGCCUACCAGUAUAGCCAGGGGGCUCCGCUUUAUGGGCCUUACCCCGGGGCAGCGACCGCGGGUUCCUGCGGAGGAUUGGGGGGCCUGGGGGUUCCUGGUUCCGGCUUCCGUGCCCACGUCUACCUGUGCAACCGGCCGCUGUGGCUCAAAUUCCACCGCCACCAAACGGAGAUGAUCAUUACGAAACAGGGCAGGCGCAUGUUUCCUUUCUUGAGCUUCAACAUAAACGGACUCAAUCCCACCGCCCACUACAACGUGUUCGUAGAGGUGGUGCUGGCAGACCCCAACCACUGGCGCUUCCAGGGGGGCAAGUGGGUGACCUGCGGCAAAGCCGACAAUAACAUGCAGGGCAACAAAAUGUAUGUUCACCCAGAGUCUCCCAAUACUGGUUCCCACUGGAUGAGACAGGAGAUUUCCUUUGGGAAAUUAAAACUCACCAAUAACAAAGGCGCAAAUAACAACAAUACCCAGAUGAUAGUUCUACAGUCUUUACACAAGUACCAGCCCCGGCUACACAUUGUUGAAGUGACAGAGGAUGGCGUGGAGGACUUGAACGAGCCCUCCAAGACUCAAACCUUUACCUUCUCAGAAACACAGUUCAUUGCAGUGACUGCCUACCAAAAUACCGAUAUUACUCAACUAAAGAUUGAUCAUAACCCCUUUGCAAAAGGCUUCAGGGACAACUAUGAUUCCAUGUACACCGCUUCAGAAAAUGACAGGUUAACUCCAUCUCCCACGGAUUCUCCUAGAUCCCAUCAGAUUGUCCCUGGAGGUCGGUACGGCGUUCAGUCCUUCUUCCCGGAGCCCUUUGUCAACACUUUACCUCAAGCCCGAUAUUAUAAUGGCGAGAGAACCGUGCCACAGACCAACGGCCUCCUUUCACCCCAACAGAGCGAAGAGGUGGCCAACCCUCCCCAGCGGUGGCUUGUCACACCUGUCCAGCAGCCUGGGACCAACAAACUAGACAUCGGUUCCUAUGAGUCUGAAUACACUUCCAGCACCUUGCUCCCAUAUGGUAUUAAGUCCUUGCCCCUCCAGACGUCCCAUGCCCUGGGGUAUUACCCUGACCCAACCUUCCCUGCCAUGGCUGGCUGGGGCAGUCGAGGUUCGUAUCAGAGGAAGAUGGCGGCUGGACUCCCAUGGACCUCCAGAACAAGUCCUCCCGUGUUCUCUGAAGACCAGCUGUCCAAGGAGAAAGUCAAAGAAGAAAUUAGCUCUUCUUGGAUAGAGACACCCCCUUCCAUCAAGUCUCUGGAUUCCAAUGAUUCUGGGGUGUACACCAGUGCUUGUAAGCGAAGGCGACUGUCUCCUAGCACCUCUAGUAAUGAAAAUUCUCCCUCCAUAAAGUGUGAGGACAUUAACGCUGAAGAGUACAGUAAAGACACCUCAAAAGGCAUGGGGGGGUACUAUGCUUUUUACACAACUCCUUAAAGAGUUAUUUUAACCUCGUAAAAAUGAGCUAACUUGCGGCAGAUGGACUUGGUGGUGUUUUUGUUGUUUUCUUUGCCUAGGUUGCCAAAAAGAAGUUUGCCUUCCACCUUGAUGCAUCCUGUUUUGUGCAAUUCUCUAAAAGAAGGUGCCAAAGCUUUUUGAUUGCUGCAGGUAACUGAAACAAACCUAGCAAUUUUUUUUUCUUUUUAAAAUAAAGUUAAUAGAGGACCUUAAUGUGUUUUAAAAUUUGCAGGCUACUCAAAAGUUCUGGAUUGAUUUAUUGGAGACACUAACCAUUCAGAGAUAUCCAGGCUAUGAAGUGCUGAGUGCUAUCAAAUUAGUUGAAAGCUUUGGCUCUUCAUUUCUAUUUGUAAAUCCCUAAACAAAUAGAAGCCCAGAGUUACAGUGGGCUUUUGCUUUUGAAAGAGAAGGGCUGGGCCGUAAGCUUCAACUAGGAAUCUGCUGUUACCUUCAGCUAGGGACAGAAGACUUUAGGCCUGGGAGGCAAAAACUGACUUUUGUGAAGGUGCUGGUUUUCCCUGAUUGCAGUGCCUCCCUGGCUUUUGAAAUAAGCCAUGCCGGCCCCAGUUCAGCAUUGCCUCACUUGCUAGGCCUCUGCUAUAUGCAGGGGUGGCUCCUGAGACAGGAGUGGCCAAAGGAGGGAGCAUUUCAAAAAAGAAAAAAGAAUUAAAAAUUGUACAGUUGUGUGUGCUUAGAUACACUGUAGAAUAAAGUGGAAUAUAUUGUACAAAUAGCCUACAUAGGAAUCUGACAUUAUGUAAAUUGGUGCUUUGGCUUUGUAAAGAAUUCGCAAAUCACCUAACAGCUGCAGGGGCAGGGGGAUAGUUUCUCUCAUUAUCCCACCACAUUCGAGAAUAUUCUGUUUACUUCUUAGAUAGUUGAGAAUGUAUUCAGCUACUCUGUACUAACUUGAAACGUGUUUAAGGAAAAUUCCCAUUUCAUCCUCUUCCUUUGCCACCACUCCCACUACCCAACUUGGUGAGGUGAAGAAACUAAAACCUGAUACCACAGCUCCUAUAGGCUUUCUAGAGAUCUUGAAUUUUUAUGUACAGUCUUAGUCAUUUUUAAUAAAUGUGGUUCAUUAAGGGAAC